AUGCCAACCCCAAACUACUUCCAAGCCCUCGACUCCGCCACCUCCAGAACAAAAUUCACCACCGAAGUCCAAACCGCCGCAUCGGGCAUCAACAAAGAAACCCUCCAGACAGCCGUGGAAAUAGCACUGUCAGCAGACGAUAAAACGGCCUCGUUGGACGAGGAGCAGGCUGCUGCUCUUGAGGCCGGAUUCACGUUUGCCACGGCUUUGGUGAAGAUGCUUGGUAGGGAGCCGGUGUCGGAUGAGAAGUUGGUUCUUUAUGGGUAUUUCAAGCGCGCGAGGAAUGAAGAGCCGGUUAAGCCUGCUGGGUAUCAGUUUGAGGCAAAAUUCAAAUACGCUGCUUGGAAGAAAGUGGGCCAUAUAACCGAGCAAAAGGCUCAGGUGGAGUAUAUCAAGCAGGUGGAUAUUCUUAUCGACAAGUACGGGACC